CUGGGUGCGAGCAAGGCCCCGACCCUGGGCGCUCACGGAGUCGGCGUUGCAGCCCCAGCGGCGCUGGUGGAGCAGGCGGGAGGAGCUCGCCGUCCCUGCAGCCCACACCGGGCGCAGCCGGAGCGGGGCGCAGCGAGCAGAAAAGAAGUGACCGCUCUCCUUCCCUCUUUUUUCGGAAGCCCUGCCUACCACACGGCUGUACUGUACAUCCCAGAUCCUCGAUGGACGAAGAAAGAGAACUCAACCAGCCCCAAGACCAGAGCUGCUGGGCCACUCUGCCCGAUGUGUGCCUGCGUCGUGUUUUCUGGUGGCUGGGAGACAGGGACAGGUCCCGGGCAGCCCUGGUCUGCAGAAAGUGGAACCAGAUGAUGUAUUCUGCUGACCUCUGGCGGUACAGGACCAUCACUUUCAGCGGGAGACCUUCCAGGGUACAUGCGUCUGAAUUUGAGUCAGCGCUCUGGUAUGUUAAGAAAUUUGGUCGUUAUCUAGAACACCUGGAGAUCAAGUUCCUGAAUCCCUACAAUGCUGUCUUGACCAAGAAGUUCCAGGUUACCAUGCGCGGCCUCCUCUCAUGUCUGGGCAAGAGCAACAACCGGCUGAAGUCCCUUUCCAUACAGCACCUGGAGCUGGACCGCCUGGUCUGGAGGAACAGCAUCAGAACCUCCUUCAUCAAAAGCCUGAGCUUCUUCCUGAAGAAAGUGGGCAAACAUCUGGAUUAUCUCAACCUGAAAGGGGCCAGGCUGACCGUGGAUCAAGGCUGCCACAUUCUCAGCUCCCUGAGCUACCUGAGGAACGAGAGCCUGGCCUCGGAGCUCAACCUCGAGGAUUACUUUAGCCACCACCUGGCCGUCUACAGCAGCCCGCAGUUCAACAAGACCAUGGCCAUGUUCCGCAACCUGGCGUCCCUGACCCUCAACUACAACUGCAUCUCUGACGAGCUGCUCGAGAACCUGUGUGAGAACAAUGCCAGCACCCUCUGGACCAUCAACAUCAAAUGCCACGUCCAUGAUCCCCAUGGCCAGGUCGUCUGGGGCAUGUCCUGGGCCAAGCUGGCCAGGCAGGCCACCAACCUGAAGGUGAACUUCUUCUUCGAGCGAGUCAUGAAGUACGAGCGCUUGGCCCGGAUCCUCCUGCAGGAGAUCCCGAUCAGGAGCAUCAGUCUGAGAAGCUGCUAUUUCAGUGACCCCGACUGGUCAAUGCGGCCCACCCUGAUGGAUCUCCUGCCCACCUUCCGGCACACUCUGCAGAAAUUAACUUUUGAGCUUAACAACAACCAUGAGUCACUCGACGAGGAGCUGCACCUCCUCAUCUUAUCCUGCAGGAAGUUGUUUUACUUCAAAGUCUGGGCUUUCCUCGAUGUGAGGUUUGUCGAGCGAAUCUUGAAGAGCCUGGAGGAGGGGCAGUGUGCCCUGCGCACGAUCAAGGUGAGAAUUUAUACAAACAGAUAUGAGACGAAUGAAGAGGACCGGACCCUGCGAGAAAUUUUCAGGAAGUACCGAAAGUUGAUCGAUUCAGAGCUUAACUAUUUUGUCAUCGCUUAUCCCAUGAUGUAAUGAGCGCUGUCCAGAAGAAGAAAGCUAGGAACACUUUGAACCUGAAGAUCCGCUUCUCCUAGAACGACACUUGGGGCAUCCCCACCCCCUUGUCUUCUUUCUCUCCUCUUUGCCAGUCCCACACCGGCACCCACGGCCCCGUAAAGGCUGAGACUCCUGGUGAUGAGGAGGCCCCAGGUGAAUUUAAAGCUCUAUCUUUACCAACUAUCCAGAGGCAAUUUCUCUUUUUGUCAUUUGGUUGUGCUUUGUGACACCCUCACUCAGAGCUGAAAACCCAAAGCCACUCAGAGUAGUUUCUUCCCAGCGGACCCUGAUUUCCUCUUCCCUAUGCUCCUGAAAAAGUGGUGUCCCAGCCACUGAGUGGUGCUACCGCCAGGUUUUCCCCUUCAAUGGGAGAUUCCUUCUGACUCCUGGUGCCUACCCGUCGGCUACUGGCAGGAGCUGAUGAAAACCCUGGCAACUGAGUUACUGGAGCCAACUCCCCUAGGUGACCAAGUUGCAAUGAUAUAAAUGUUCAUGCCCCCUCCCCCCUAUUCACAUACUGAAAUCUGACCCCAUUGUGAUGGUAUUUGGAGGUGGGGUCUUUGAAAGGUCAUUAGUAAUGAGUGCCCCCCCCCCAGUAAGAUGAGUGCCCUUAUCAAAGAGACCCAGGAGAGCUUUCCCACCCUCCUCCUGCCAUGUGAGAGUACAAGGAGAAAUCGGCGGUCUCCCGCCUGGAAGAGGGCUGUCACCAGAACCCAACCAUAACGGCACCCUGGUCACAGUCGUCUGGCCUCCAGCACCAGGAGAAAUA